AUAUUCCUCUGCAGAAUGACACAAGACUAAGGAAUUCUUAAGGUUCUUGCAACUAGAAGAAGAUAUCCAUAAGAUUGCACAUGUGAUAUCCCCUAGGACUGUACCUGAGAUGGGCUUGCAUGUAUCUGAACCUUUUGAAAGGAUGCAGUUGUGCUGUGAGUCCAUCAAUGGCUCCUGCGUAAAGAACAGCUGGUCAAUGAGCAUCCGAUUUUCCAUGUACACCUUCAUGCUGUGUGUGAUCCUGGCUACCGUGGCUGGCAAUCUGGCUGUUAUCAUCUCCGUAUCACAUUUUAAGAAGCUCCACACACCUACAAAUUUCCUUAUACUCUCGAUGGCCACAGUGGAUUUCCUUCUCGGUUUCUGCGUCAUGCCUUACAGCAUGAUAAGAUCGGUUGAGAACUGCUGGUACUUUGGAGAGUUCUUCUGCAAAAUCCACACCAGUGUGGAUAUCAUGCUGAGCACUGCUUCCAUUUUCCAUCUUUCCUUUAUCUCAAUUGACCGUUACUACGCAGUCUGUGACCCACUGCGGUACAAAACCAAGAUAAACACUUCUGUCAUAUUAAUCAAUUUUAUCAGUUGGAUAUUUCCUGCCUUGUUUGCUUUUGGACUGGUCUUUUUGCAACUCAACUUAUUGGGGGCGGAAGAAAUGUUCCACGAGUUUAUUUAUUGUGUGGGAGGAUGCUUUGUGUUUUUCAAUGAAACUUCGGGUGUGGUGGCCUCCAUGUUUUCCUUCUACAUCCCUGGGUUUGUCAUGCUAGUUGUCUAUGGGAAGAUAUACAUAAUAGCCCAAAGGCAAGCCAGGUCCAUUACAGUUGCUAUGAGCCAAGUACAGAUAAGGUUUGAACUACAGCAUCAUAUUUCCCACAACAGAGAACGAAAAGCUGCAAAAACAUUAAGUAUAGUGGUUGGAGUUUUCCUCAUAUGCUGGUCGCCAUUCUUCUUCUGCACCAUAUUGAGCCCAUUUAUGAAUUAUACAAUCCCACCCAUUCUUAUUGAUGCAAUGGUUUGGUUUGGUUAUUUGAAUUCCACACUUAACCCAAUUGUUUAUGCAUACUUUUAUUUAUGGUUUCGAAGGGCCUUGAAGCUGAUUUUACUGGGAAGGGUUUUUCAGCAGGACUCAUCCAGAACUCAAUUAUUUUUGGACUAAACCAUACUGAAAGGGAAACACAGAUCCUCAGUAGUUCGUUUUCCUCAGAGGUGAGGGUGAAGGAGCAGUUUAAUGUAACUUUGUGCUCCCAGCUGU